AUGUCUUCAUCUCUUCCCAUACCUCGUUCGCGCCCGCAUGUAGUGCAAACCUUGUAUGACAACGGCUAUGCUCAUAGACCCUUCUCUGGACAAAAACGAGAGCUCUCCACAUCCACACGCACAGGAAGACUCCAUCUUCUGAUACAUACGGUCAACACUCGGUUCGUCUGUCGAUCUAUCGUUAAUCCGCCGCAUCUACACUAUUUUUACCACUUCAUCCGCCGGCUCAAUGUCAGUUUCAGUACCAGGGGGACAAAUGCGACAUCCAGAAAGGCCCCGCCCAUCUCGCAAACUUUUCUCCGCCAUGGCCGAGGACGUGAGGAGGUUGUCAAACAGCCGUCGAGGUUAACUUUCACCUUGUUAGAGCGAAGGGCGAGUCAAAUACGGACCAGGCUUCCCAGAGUGUCCACUCGAGUUCCCUGA